AGAUGCCUGCUUUCUGCUGCAUAUGUGGACAGCCAGAAAUGGGAAGCAAGAGAAAAAGAACAGUGUCACCUGGCUGAACUAGCAUCUUUAAUGGAUAAAACAUAUGAGAGAAAGUUGCCAGUUAGUUCUUUGACAAUAGCAAGGUUUGUGGACAAUAUUUCAUCUCGAGAAGAGAUAGACCACGCAGAGUAUUACCUUUACAAAUUUAGACACAGCCCCAACUGCUGGUACCUGAGAGACUGGACUAUUCACACUUGGAUUAGGCAAUGUCUAAAAUAUGGUGCACAAGACAAAGCCUUAUAUACCCUCAUCAAUAAGGUUCAAUAUGGAAUCCUUCCGGAUAACUUUACAUUCAAUAUAUUAAUGGAUCAUUUCAUAAAGAAAGAUAAUUACAAAGAUGCUUUAUCAGUGGUUUUUGAGAUCAUGAUGCAAGAAGCUUUUGAUGUGCCUUCUACCCAGCUUCUCUCCCUCUAUGUUUUGUACCAUAGCCUGGCAAAGAAGACAGACUUCACAUGGGAAGAGGAGAGGAAUUUUGGUGCAUCCCUGUUACUCCCAGGCCUCAAACAAGAGAACUCAGUGGGUGUCAGUUCCCAGUUGUAUGCCUAUGCACUUCUUGGAAAGGUAGAAUUACGUCAAGGACUGCGGGCUGUAUACCACAACAUGCCUCUGAUGUGGAAACCAGGGUAUCUCAGUAGAGCCCUUCAAGUGAUGGAAAAAGUAACUUCCUCCCCAGAAGAUAUAAAGCUCUGUAAAGAAGCGCUCAACACACUGGAUGUAGUGCUGAAGACUCUGACUUCUCCAGCCAGCGAGUCUUCAGAAGAACAGCCCCAGGAAGGUGAAGACCAACAGAGAGCAGAAGACGUACUAGAAUUUUUAGAUACAGAGGAAACAGAAGAGUCCAAGCUUCCCCAGUACCUGGAACAGUUUGAGGCUUUGUAUUCUAAGCUACGGGCUCUGGGCAAAGUUGAGUCGGAAAGCCUUUUGACUCUGACCACCCAGCUUGUCAAGGAAAAGCUUCCCGGCUGCGAAGCAGAGGACAUCGCCACCUACGAGCAGAAACUGCAGCAGUGGCACCAGGAACGACUGCAGCUGAUUCAAAGGGAGCAGGAGCAGAGGGAGAAAGCGAAGAAGGCGUAUCAGGCUCAGACAGCAGCAAAGGCAUCUGCCUAG